GGGCCUCAUAGUGUGAGAGUCGAUAGGCUACCGCGAAAUAAAAGUGGUAGUCUCUUAUUUAACAUAGUCGACAAGCCGGCAGUUGCUCAGUCGACCACCGUCCGUAACAGAGUAUUCGUAUUUCGAAGUUAAUAUAUCGGUGAACCGGUGGAACUUGGACAGUCUUUGGGACAGUCUUUCCACUUGUAAAAAGUGACAGUCGCCUUUUGUCAUGGCUUUCUUAGUCUUCACACUGGUACUAUUGUCGUCGAAAUUGGUUAUCGGCAAUUUCAGCUACGAUGGAAAUAGUGGACCAUCGCAUUGGGGUGACGAAUACAAACAAUGUAUAGGAAAAUUCCAGUCACCCAUUGAUAUAGAAGAAAAGGAUGUUACAAACAUAACUUUUCCAAAACUACAAUUUUCUGACACAGAGAAUUCCCAUGUAGCUUACAUGAUUAAUAAUGGCCAUACAGUAAUGAUUCGAAGUUUCGAUCCUGAUUUGCCCACGAUAUCAGGCGGGCCCAUCAACAAUACAUACGUGUUUCAACAAUUACACUUUCAUUGGGGCCAAAAUGAUAAUCUUGGAUCCGAAGAUCUUAUUAAUAAUCAUUCAUUUUCCAUGGAGCUGCACGCAGUCUUUUGGAAGAAACAAUAUGGCUCAUAUGACAAAGCGACAGAAUACCCUGAUGGCCUCACUGUGCUUGGAUACUUGUAUCAGGCCACGGAUAAAUCGAAUCCAGUUUUUGAAUCGAUUGUGUCUCAUAUAUUGAACAUAGCAGAAGUUGACAGCAAUAUAACAUUAAAUGAUAAUGCUGUUCUGGGCAAAUUGAUUUCACCUGAUCUUGCAUUAACGGAAAAUUAUUUUACAUAUAAAGGAUCAUUAACCACACCUCCAUGUCUUGAGAUUGUCCAAUGGAUCGACUUUGUGGAACCUCAAUAUCUUUCUCACGAACAGUUGGCUGUGUUUCGUAAAAUUCAAUCCAGUGAUGGAAGAAAUUUAACACAUAAUUUCCGGCCGGUACAACCAUUAGAUGGUAGAAUAGUUUAUCGUAAUGUCCCAAUUUCCAUAAUUUCCGGAACUACUAUUGCGUCAACAGAUUCUAAACAAACGACGAAUAGUUCUAAAAAAUUAAAGCCAACAAAACAAUCUAAUGAAGAAGAUUCUCAUAAAGAAGAUGGUCAUAAUGGACAACAGAGCAUGUGGACCGUAUCACGUUUGUAUUUUUUUUUAGAAUUACAAUUUAUUUUCAUAUUACAAUAUCGUUAAAAAUAUUUUUAAUUAAAGAUUGAAAAAAUGAUAGAAAAUUGAUGUUGUAAAAUAUACAUUAAUCCUGAAAAAAAUUAAACAGAAUUAAUUCCCUUAAUGAAAAAUAUAGGAAUAUAUAUAAUUUAAAAAAUAAUUAUAUAUGAAUAAUAUGAAUAUUAUGAAUAUAAAUAUGAAUAAUUUGAUUUUAUUUUUGUUGCAGCAUUUGGAGUGAUACUUGGACUUAUUUUUCUUUUACAAUAUCAAUAAUACAUUGGAAACUUUAGUCAAUUAUUUUGACUUUUAUAUAAUUUAAAAUAAUUAAUAGUAAAUAAGUAAAUUAAAUAAUAUUAUAUGUAACAUUAAACUAUUUAAUAUUAUAUAAUUUAAUGUUAUGUAUUUACACAAUAUUUUUUAGUGCAAAAGAAUUUAUGAAAUUAUUAAAUAUCUUUAUAUUUAAAAGAUUUUAUUGUUUAAGAUAUUUAUCAAUUUAAGAUAAAAAAGAAAAUAAAUGUUUUUAUUUUUAAUUAAAUAUAUACUAUUUAAUUGUAAGAGCAUCUUAAAUAAUGUACAUAUACAUAUACUUAAAAAAUGUAUUCUUAUAUUAUUAUUAAUAUUGACUGAUUAUAAGUACUAUAUACACGAUACUCAUACAAUCUUUUUUCUGAAUAUGAUAAUUAAAGCAGUAGAAAUAGAGAAUAAAUAGUAAUUAAAUUUGAUUAUAUUUAUUUAUAAAUAAACAAGGAAAUAGAAAUAUUUUAUAAAAAUGAUUAUACCAAAAAUAUUAAUAUAUAUUUAUUCAAUAGUUCCUACUGCUGCCAUGAUAAUAUAUAUAUUUUAUUGAGCUUUUUGGUAAAUUAUAUUUUCUUACAAAUAUGUUUAUGAAAAUAUAUUGUAUUAAAAUACUUGUGACUUAGAUAAUAAUAAAAAAAAUUAUCAAUAA